AUGAUUCAAUUCAAGCAGUAUGUAAUGUCUUCUGCAACGCCACCAACAGAGGUUUUCAAUUCAAACACAGUGUAUUGUAUUCCAACACCAUUGAACCGAAGGUUUGCAACUACGCAUCAGAACCUUUACGCUGAACAAGCGAAUUCAAAGGCCGAUUUUACUGCAACAACACAUGAAACUUACUAUGUGGAGGAACCUGAGGAACCUAGUUCGCCAUCAACAGCACUGCCUGAGCUUCCUAUUGCUGCUCCAAGAGAGAGUACCCGCUAUGCGGGCAUAAGAGAAACUAAUGCGCAGAGACAAGUCAAAGUUCUAAUGCACUUUGUCAGAGAUGGGUACGAGUCGAGAAGAACCGCUUACUGGAAAGCAGUGAAAAGCAAUAUCUCGGACGUGAACAUGGACAACGUUCCUGAUGAACGUUACCUAUCUGACGGAAGCUUGUUCCUGCAGCUGCACGAAAGUACCCUGCACAUAUACAUAGCGAGGAACAUAGUUCAGGCAAGUCAACAAGCUGAAAAUGACUACACCCAUAAUAUACGAUUUCAGUUAGCUGUUGACAAUGGUCUCUCAACACUUAUUGGAGAUGGAAUCCAUUAG